AUUCUCAAAGCGUCCCUCCGCUCCGCCCUGAUUCUCUCACUUGUUUGCAUGAAUCCGUUCUUCAGUUGAAAACCUCCCCCUAAAAUCUAAAUCGUUCCCCCAGUCUCUUUCUCGCUCUACUUGGUUCUACUGCUCGCGGAAAUGGACAAGGGCAAAGGAAUCGCCACCUCCGGCAAGCGGAAGAAAGGCGGGGGCGACGAUGACAAGACCGGCGGCGGGAUCAAGAAGAGGAACCGCCAGGUCCUUCAGUUCUUCGAGGACGCAGCUGAUGUCGACGACGACGAUGAUGAUACCGACUUGAGCGAUUUGAAUGAUCUGAGCGAUUUUGAUGAGGAAGAAUUCGAUGUAGAGUUGAAAGUAAAGAAGGAACCAGGAAAGGCGCAGAACAUCCCUUUCAUACCGAAGGAGGAGCAGAUGGAUGAGGAGGAAUUUGAUAAGAUGAUGGAGGACCGGUACAAGGACGGUGCUGGCUUUGUGAGAUAUGCUGAUGAUCCUUUUGAGGCUAAAUUGAUGGAAAGAGAUUCUCUUUUGGCUUUAGCUACGGACGCAACCAUCUGGAAAGUUAAAUGCAUGAUUGGGCGUGAAAGACAAUCUGCUUUCUGUCUCAUGCAAAAGUUCGUGGACUUGAAGUUUCUGGGUACCAAACUGGAGAUAAUAUCCGCUUUUUCUGUUGACCACGUGAAGGGUUAUAUUUACAUUGAAGCUGAACGACAAUGUGAUAUUGUUGAGGCUUGCAACGGGCUUUCAGGAAUAUACACUUCCCGAGUGACGACAGUUCCAGCCAAUGAAGUUUCGCAUUUGAUAUCUGUUCGGUGCAAAAAGAGUCAAGUAACUAAGGGCAUGUGGGCCCGUGUCAAGUCUGGGAAUUAUAAAGGAGACCUGGCGCAGAUUGUUGGGGUAAAUGAUGAACGCAAAAGGGCCGUGGUGAAGAUUAUACCUAGAAUUGAUGUGCAUGCUCUGGCUGAAAAAUAUGGUGGUGGAAAGGCUCCUAAGCGAACUGAUGUACCAGCUCCAAGGCUGAUCAACUCUAAUGAACUUGAGGAGUUCCGGCCUCUUAUCCAGUACAGACGUGACCGUGACACCGGCAUGAUGUUUGAGAUUCUUGAUGGAUUGAUGCUUAAAGAUGGGUUCCUGUACAAGAAAGUACCUUUGGACUCCUUAAACUGCUGGAGUGUGAUGCCAACGAAAGAAGAGUUAAUGAAGUUUGAAUCCUCAGAGAAAAAUGAUUCUGGUAACUUAGAAUGGCUUACACAGAUUUAUGGAGGUAAAAAGAAAAAACAAGUAAUUAGGAAUGAGAAAGGUGGGGAAAAGGGAGAAAGUUCGUCUGGGACUGGAGGUCAAGCAAACUUUGAGCUAUAUGAUUUUGUGUGCUUUCGGCGCAAAGACUUUGGUAUUGUUGUUGGAAUGGAGAAGGAUGGUAAUUGCAAGAUUCUAAAACAGGGAACAGAAGAACCGGUUGUGGUGAUCGUGGAACAGAAGGAAGCAAAGAUUGGGCCUUCAGAAAUGAAAUUUACAGCUUUUGAUCAACACAAGAAGGUCAUCUCACACAAUGAUACAGUCAGGGUCUUGGAGGGUCCAUUGAAGGACAGGGAAGGAAUUGUUAGGCAAAUCUAUCGAGGAAUUGUCUUUAUAUAUGAUCAGAACGAGACUGAAAAUGGCGGUUACUUUUGCUCAAGAGCUCAAAUGUGUGAAAAAGUCAAGAUUCAUUCAGAGAAAUUCGAUGAUAAGGCUGGUGGUGAAUCCAGCUUUGGGGUCUUUGGAGGUUUUGAUGAUGCCCCAUCAUCUCCAAAAUCUCCCUCAUCGCCUAAAACAUCAUUUCAAGCAAAGGAAAGUAAUUUCAACCGAGGGGACAGGGAAAGUGCGUUCUCCAUUGGUCAGAGCUUGAGGAUCAAGGUAGGACCUCUCAAGGGCUACCUUUGCCGUGUAUUGGCUGUACGCCGCUUUGAUGUUACAGUGAAACUAGAUUCCAAGCCGAAAGUUCUUACAAUUAAAUGUGAGAAUCUUUCCGAGGUCCGUGGGAGGAGUUAUGCUGUUUUGGGCAGUGAGGACGCAGGUGCUGACUCUUUGAAACCUUUUGAUCCAAUUGGGGCUGAUGGUGGUUCUGGAGGUUGGUCAAAUGGGGCUGGAACAUCGGGUGAAGCUGAUGGAUGGAAUAUUGGGGGGCUGUCUGCAGAGAGUCUCUAUGAUAUGUCUUGCCUUCCAACAGAGUCUGAUCUUGCUGGUCCAUCAAAUUCUCAAGAGCAAGGUACAGAAGAUGCUGCGUGGGAGAAGAAACCGACUGGUAAUCAGAAUUCUUCCUGGGGCGCAGCCACUACUGAUGACAAAGCCAUAACAAACAAUGCUGAUCAAGCUUGUGGAUGGGGAAAUAAUAGUGAUGCUUCUGUCAAAGCUUCAACUGACGUCAGUGGCAGUGGAGCGUCUGACAGCUGGGGUAAAGCACUUGAAAAGAAAGUGACUGCAAAUCAGAUUUCUUCAUGGGGUGCAGCUGCAAGUGAUGAAAAGAUAAUUGACAAGAGUGAAGCUUCUGGUUGGGGGAACAGUGGAGAUGGCUUGAAAAGAUCUACUGCUGUAAUUGGUCCUAGCAGUGGAGCAUCAGAUGACUGGGGUAAAGCUCUUAAAUCAUGUCAAGAUCCAGUUGAUGCCGCUUCCACCUGGGACAAAGGGAAGAAUGUUGAUGGAAACCCAACCAGCAGUUGGGGUGGUGGUAGUUCCUGGGGUAAAGCAAAAGAUGAUGCUGGUAAUGGAGGACCAUUCGAGAAGAAUAAGAGCUUGGAUGGAGGUGAGGGUGGCUGGAAUGUUAAAGUUGCUGCAGCUGACAGCCUGCCCUCUGGUUGGGGCAAACAAAGCAGUUGGAGUAAUCCUCAGUCUUCUCAAGGGAACUCUAAUUGGAACCAGAAAACGUCUGAAGCUGGUAAAGAGAAAGAGAGUAGGGAGCAUGGAGAAACUUGGAAGGGUGGGGAUGGAACGGCAAGCUGGGACACUAAAGCAGUUAACUCCAAUGACUCCCAGCCCUCUGGGUGGGGCAGCAAAAAUGGGUCGGGCAAUCCUCAAUCCGAUCAAGAUAGUGCGGGUUGGAAUCAGAAAGCCUCUUACCCGGAGGAGAAGAACGAUGUGGCGGAGCAAGGAAAUGAUACUAACAGUUCUGGUUGGAAUCAUAAAAGCAAUUGGAACUCUAAAUCUUGUGAUGGCUCCUCUAGCCAGGGAAAGAAGAGUGAUUGGAAUUCUGGGUCUGCUGCUGCUGCUGGGAAUGCAGGAGACUCUACAUGGGGUAAAAAAGCUGAGUGGAACUCUGGCCCCGGUUCUAAUGAUGCCAACAAAGGUUCCAGUUGGGGGAAGACGAGCAAUUCUAACUCUGCCUCUGCUGAUACUGGUGGGAGUAAGAAAAAUGGCUGGAAUUCUGUUUCUAAUGAUACCAACAAUCAGGGGGGUUCCAGCUGGGGAAAGACCAAUUGGAAUUCUGGGUCAGGUGCUGGUGGGAGUGCAGAAGACUCAGAAUGGGGUAAGAAAGCUAACUGGAAUAAUAAUUCUAAUGAUGCCAACGACCAUGGGGGUGCCAGUUGGGGAAAGAAACCUGUUGAUGCUGCAUGUGGCAUUGGAGAGGAAGCUGGUGGAAAUGCAGGGUCCUCGUGGGGUAAAAAGGCUAGCUGGGGCGCUGGUACUAAUGACAAUACCAACCAAGGGGGUUCUAGUUGGGGAAAGGCCAGCAACUGGAACUCUGGAUCUGUUGAGGAAGAUGAUGGAAAUGCGGGAUCCUCAUGGGGUAAAAAGGCUAGCUGGGGCUCGGGUUCUAACGACACUGCCAACCAAGGGGGUUCUAGUUGGGGAAAGACGAGCAACUGGAACUCUGGUGCUGGUGAUGCAUCAGGUGGUGGGAACACAAACUCCUCUACUUGGGGAAAUAAAAAGAGUGACUGGAAUUCUGGUUCAAAUGAUAAUGCCAACAACCAGGAUUCUUCGGGAUGGGGUGGCAGAAAGGUGGGAAGCUGGAACUCGGGAGCUGCCGUGGGAGACACAAACCAGGAAGAUGGCAACAAUAGCCGUGGGAACUGGAGGGGUGGUUAUGGAGGUAGAGGUGAUUCGGAUAGAGGGGGUAGCUUUAGAGGCAGAGGAGGGGAUAGAGGAGGUUUCCGGGGUAGAGGUGAGAGAGGAGACUUUGGAGGUAGAGGGGAGAGAGGAGGUUUCAUGGGUGGUAGAGGAGGGGAAAGAGGUGGCGGUGGGUUUGGAGGUAGAGGACGAGGCAGGUUUGAGAGUGGAGGUGGUAAUGGUGAUUCCGAGAGUGGAGGUUUUGGGGGCAGAGGUAGAGGGAGGGGAAGGUGGGGGGAUCAAGGAGGUGGUAGCAGCAGCUGGAAUGAUGGCAACAAUUUUGGUGGUGGUGGCGGCGGAGGAUGGAAAAGCAACAAUGAAGCAGGAGGCGGCGGUAGGGGUUGGAACUAUGGUGGAGGUCAGGAUAAGAAGGAAUUGAAGAGCAGUUGGGGUUCUGGAAAUAAGAACGAAACAACAGGUGGUGGUGGGUGGAGUGGGAGCGGGGGCGAGGAUAAGAAGGAAUGGAAGAACAGCUGGGGUUCUGGAAGUAAGAACGAAACAGCAGGUGUUGCUGAGAGUGGAGGCGAGGAGAAGAAAGAAUGGAAGAGCAGUUGGGGUUCUGGAAGUAAGAACGAAACAACCGGUGCUAGUUGGGGUUCUGGAAGUAAGAAUGAAACUGCAGGUGCUGCUGGGGGGAGUGCUCAAGGAGGAGGAGGUUCUGGUUCUGGAUGGGGCCAGUGGGGAAAGGCUCAAGCUGACAAAUCGGGUGAAUCAUCGUCUAUUUUAGGGCAGUACAAGGGUCAAGGAGGAGGAUCAGAAGAUGGAAAUGGUCAAUCCAGUGUGGGUUGGGGUGAGAGUUUAUCGGGUUGGGGCGGCAACAAAGAUGUAGCAGCAGCAACUGAAGAUCAAAAUGAUGCAUGGGGAAAAAAGCCAUCCACAGGUGGCAGCUCUUGGGGUAACAAGGAUGGUGGGAGUAAAGGAGGGUGGUACCACCAGCAAAUGUGCAAUUCCAGAUUGGCAGAAGAAGAAGACGAUGGCCAGAACCACCUCCCCCGUGUGCAAGAUACCAAGGAGCGAGUCGUCCAGAAGGCCAUCGCAUUGCACGAGUUCGUCGAUUCAAUUGUGAUUCGGGAGUUGAAAAAUCACGAAUCCCUAGAAUCACCAGCUACAAUUGAAGCUAAAGACAACGCCUUCAGCGAUUCGGCGUCCGACUCUCCCGAUCAACCUGAAAAUCCUAGGGAGCAUAACGACAAGCAGGCCGAGAGCCAAUCGCAGUCGAUGGAGGAUCUGCAAAGUUGGACUCUGGUGAAAGGAGAAGAAGAAGAAGAAGAAGAAGCAUGUGGCCGAGGGGAGCUGGUACUUGACAGCGACGGUAGGGAGGCCGUAGAGCUUGGCGAUCUUGGAGACGACAUAGGAGAAGCUCAACGAUCGGUGGACGACGACCAUCUG